GCUAUUCUAAAUCUCAGCCGAUUUAUGUGGAAACCUGAGAGGAAGAAAUUACUUAUAGAAAUAAGAUUGAAGUAUGAGCCAGAUUUCGUUGCGAAAAAAAAAGAGGAACACACUUUGGGAGCAAAAUUGCGGGAUGUGAAGGAAAUAGAUAACACAUUCCCAUUCUCCAAGGACGAAAGUACCAGAUGUUUUGUUAAUAUAAUGGGCACCUACAAACGAAUAAAAAACCCCAACAACAUAUCUGGGGAACUCGCAACAAAUUGGGAAUUUUUGCAGACAUUGGAUGAAGUUUUGGGCAGCCGCAGUAGUGUCUUUGUGCCUGAUGCCAUGCUGGAAUCUUCCCUUGAGUCCUUAAGGCAAGAUUUAAGUAAUGAUCCACCUGAUAGCCCUACGGUGCUGGACUUAGAUGCAACAUUACUUAGUACUAGCACUCCCUGAAAUAAACUAACAAGAAAAGCAAUGGGUUAGAGUUUUUAAACAAGGAAUCGGAAGAAGAUGCCAAAGUUAUGAAGAAAUUGCUGGACAUGGAGGCAGAGAAGCUAGGAGUGGAAAAAGAAAAAUUGGUCGAAUUGAAAGAAAUUCGUACACUGUUCUAGAAAAUA